AUCUAUUUUUUUAAUUUAAUAAAAAAGUAAAAGCUACCACACACACACACACGCACUUCAUUUUGAAAGGAGUUUUUCUUUUUGGCGUCCGAAUGGGGAUGUACUAUGUAAACCCCUUUUUCUCUUUUCUUUUCCAUUUUCUUUUCAACUGCACAAUAAAUACCCCUGCUUUCUUCUUUCUUAAAACAAAAAGGCAUAAAAACCUCAAUUUGCUCCUUAAAUUGCAGUCCUAGAUUUAUUAAUCUUCAUUUCCCUUCUUCCCAGUUUUCAUUUUAUUUCCGUUUUCUGUUUUUGUUAGUCAAGAUGGAAAGAGCAAGUUUUGAACAGGAAAAGAAUGGGAUUGUUUAUAAGCUUCCAAUUGGGUUCAGAUUUCAGCCCACAGAUGAGGAGCUUUUGGUUCAUUACUUGAAAAGGAAGGUUUUUUCACAGCCAUUGCCAGUCUCUGUUAUUCCUGACCUCGAUGUUUUUCACCUCAAUCCAUGGGACUUGCCUGGUUGCUUGAGGGAUAAGAGAUACUUUUUCUGCAAAAAGAAGAUGAAUUUCAUGAGCAAAUGCAGUAGCAAUUUCAGCACGGGCUGUGGCCACUGGAAAGGGUCUAACAAAGAGAAGCAAAUUUUGGGUAAUAACCUCGUAAUUGGGAUCAGGAAAUCAUAUGUUUUUCAUCAAGCAAAGAAAAACUCUGGUGGGCUCAAGUCUGAAUGGGUUUUGCAAGAAUUUUGCAUCGUCGGCUCUAUCAGCACGCCAUACCUGAAUCAGAAAAUAAUGGUGCAAGUAGGAGACUGGGUUGCUUGCCGUGUGUACCAAAGGAAAACGAAAUCAAGAAAUGGUGUUAAGAGCAACAAAACUGAGGAUUUGGGGGUUUCAUUGCCUCAAAUUGGGUCGUGUUCGAGUGGGCUCACUGAGAUUAUGUGUAAUGACUUGGAUCAGGAAGUAAUUAGUCCCCAAGUUAAAUAAUUAGCGUUUCAUGUAUCAAAGGCCUUUUUAUUGUUGUCAAAUUAUGAGUUUUUUAAGACCAUUUCACUUGUAAUGCACGGAAUCUAAAAUUUCCCAAGAGAGGAGAAUAUCAAACUUUAGAAUUCAAGUGUCUGUCUUUGAUUUAGUUCUACCACCGUUAGUUUCUGAAUCUUGGUCAUGUGUUAAUUAGUUCGAUAAGUUCUCUGGAGAUAAAUUACAUAAAGACGAGCCGCUUGCUCAUAAGUCUGAGUUAUAAGGCUCGAUAAUAGAUUUU